ACGUUCAGGUCACGGCGACUGUUGAGAAGCAGACCACAGACACAGGAAGGAAAGAAGGUGAGAAGCUUCCAGAACAGAGCAGAAGACUUUUCAUCCUCUCAUUUCAAACUGCUGACUGCUCCUUUCUUCUUUUUCACCUUUUCACUUCAUAUUGAGACCAGAAUUCAACUCAUUUUGACCUGAAAACACUUCAGUCCUUCAAAGGAUCAAACAUCUCACCUGCCUUAGUACAUCAGCACCUCAUCGUGGUCUUUCCAGGGAAUCUAUGAACAGAGUGAAGGUUUAGUGAGAUAAAUCAGACUCUUCACAACGACAAAGAUGAGCUCAACUCCAGAAAUCCUCCUGGGAAUGCUGGAUGAAUUAGGAUGUGAAGACUUUAAAAGAUUUAAGUUCCAUUUGAGUCAAAUUGGGGUCUUUGAAGGCUGCAAAGCAAUCCCAGAGGAAAAACUGGAGACAUUGGGCAAGGCGGACACAGCAAGACAGAUACACGACAGGUACAGCGACCAUGCUCUGGAUCUCAUGAAACUGCUGUUAGAGAAAAUGGGGAAGAAGUGGAUAUGGGAUAAACACACCAUAAACACCACAGAACCUGAAGGGAAAGAUGGACCUCAAAAACUUCUUCUGUCACCGAUAUCUAAGAAGUGUCAGGAAAAACUCAAGUCCCAACUGAAAAAUGCGUUCCAGUAUGUGUCUGAGAGGAUCCCUAAACAAGGAGAGUCCACCCUCCUGAACCAGAUCUACACAGAGCUCUACAUCACAGAGGGAGGGACUGCAGGGAUCAAUCAGGAACAUGAGGUCAGACAGAUAGAAAAAGCAUCCAGGAAACUAGACAAAGAAGAAAGAAGAAUCAGACCAGAGGAAAUCUUCAAUGACUCACCUGGAAGGUCUAAACCAAUCAGAACGGUGCUGACAAAGGGAGUGGCUGGCAUUGGGAAAACAGUCCUGACACAGAAGUUCACUCUGGACUGGGCUGAAGACAAAGACAACCAGGACGUCCACUUCAUAUUUCCAUUCACCUUCAGAGAGCUGAAUGUGCUGAAGGAGGAGAAGUUCAACUUGGUGGGACUUGUUCAUCACUUCUUCAAUGAAAUCAAAGAAGCAGGAAUCUGCAGCUUUGAAGAAUUCCAGGUGAUCUUCAUCUUUGAUGGUCUGGACGAGUGUCGAUUCCCUCUGAAGUUCCGUCAAGCUGAGAUCCUGACUGAUGUUACAGAGUCCACCUCAGUGGAUGUUCUGCUAAUAAACCUCAUCAGGGGGAAUCUGCUUCCCUCUUCUCACAUCUGGAUCACCACGCAACCUGCAGCAGCCAAUCAGAUCCCUGAUGACUAUGUGGACAGGGUGACAGAGGUCCGAGGGUUCACCGACCCCCAGAAGGAGGAGUACUUCAAGAAGAGAUUCAGAGACAAGGAGCAGGCCAGCAGGAUCAUCUCCCACAUCAAGACCUCCCGAAGCCUCCACAUCAUGUGCCACAUCCCGGUCUUCUGCUGGAUCACUGCUACAGUUCUGGAGGAAGAGUUGGAGAAGAGAGAGGGAGGAGCGCUGCCCAAGACCCUGACUCAGAUGUACAUCUACCACCUGGUGGUCCAGGUCAAAUUGAACAGUGUCAAGUAUGAUGACAAACCUGCCUCACAUGAAACCUGGAUUCCAGAGAGCAGGGAGAUGAUAGAGUCUCUGGGAAAACUGGCUUUUGAUCAGCUGCAGCAAGGAAACCUGAUCUUCGAUCCGUCCGACCUGACAGAGUGUGGUGUCGAUCUCAAAGCAGCCUCAGUCUACUCAGGAAUGUUCACACAGAUCUUUAAAAAGGAAACGGGUGACAAGAACGUUUCGUUCUGCUUCAUCCAUCUGAGCCUUCAGGAGUUUCUGGCUGCUCUUCAUGUCCAUCAGACCUUCAUCAACACUGGAAUCAACCUGCUAGAUGUAAAACAGGAAACAUCCAGGAUGUCCAAAGAGAUGAAGACAACACCAAAUCUCCACCAUCUCCAUCAGAGAGCUGUGGACGAGGCCUUGAAGAGUCCAAAUGGACACCUGGACUUGUUCCUCCGCUUCCUCCUGGGUCUUUCACUGGAGACCAAUCAGAGUCUUCUUCGAGGUCUGCUGACACAGACAGGAAGUAGCUCACAGACCAAUCAGAAAACAGUCCAGUACAUCAAGAAGAAGCUGAAUGAGAGUAAGAGUCAGUCUGCAGAGAGAAGCAUCAAUCUGUUCCACUGUCUGAAUGAACUGAAUGAUGGUUCUCUGGUGGAAGACAUCCAAUGGUACCUGAGGUCAGGAAGUCUCUCAAUAGCCAGUCUGUCUCCUGCUGAGUGGUCAGCUCUGGUCUACAUCUUGCUGUCAUCAGAAGAAGAUCUGAAGGAGUUUGACCUGAAGAAAUACUCUCCUUCAGAGGAGGCUCUUCUGAACCUGCUGCCAGUGGUCCAAGCCUCCAACAAAGCUCUGUUGAGCGGCUGUGGUCUGUCAGAGAGAAGCUGUGAUGCUCUGUCCUCAGUUCUCAUCUCUCAGUCCUCCCGUCUGACUGAUCUGGACCUGAGUAACAACCAUCCAGGGGAGUCAGGAAUGAAGAUGCUGUUUGAUGCAGUGAAGGACAAAGACUGCAUACUGAAGACUCUCAGGUUGGAGAACUGUGGUCUGUCAGAGAGAAGCUGUGGAGCUCUGUCCUCAGUUCUGAGUAACAACGACCUGCAGGAUUCAGGAGUGAAGCUGAUUUCUGCUGGACUGGAGAGUCCUCACUGUAAACUGGAAGCUCUCAGUCUGUCAGGGUGUCUGGUCUCAGAGGAAGGCUGUGCUUCUCUGGUCUCAGCUGUGAGAUCCAAGUCCUCCCAUCUGACAGAGCUGGACCUGAGCUACAACCAUCCAGGAGACUCCGGAGUCAAACUACUGUCUGCUGCUGUGGAGGAUCCACACUGCAAACUGAAGACUCUCAGGGUGGACCAUGGUGGACAGCAGAGGCUCAAACCUGGUCUGAGGAAGUAUUUCAUUCAACUUGACCUGGAUGAAAACUCCAUGAGCAGAAAGCUCAAACUGUCCAACAACAACAGGAAGGUGACACAUGUGGAGGAAGAGCAGCUGUAUCCUGAUCAUCCAGACAGAUUUGAUUACUGGACUCAGCUGCUGUGUAGAAAUGAUCUGAGUGGUCGAUGUUACUGGGAGGUCGAGUGGAGCGGGAAUCUUGAUAUAUCAGUGAGCUACAGAGGAAUCAGCAGGAAAGGAGAAAGUCAUGAGUGCAUGUUUGGAAGGGGUCAUCAGUCCUGGAGUCUGGAGUGUUCUGAUGGACGUUACUCCGUCUGUCACAAUAACAAAGUAACAAUCAUCUCCUCCUCCUCCUGGUCUGGUAGAGUAGCAGUGUAUGUGGACUGUCCUGCUGGCUCUCUGUCCUUCUUCAGAGUCUCCUCUGACUCUCUGAUCCACUUCUACACCUUCAACACCACAUUCACUGAUCCUCUGACUGAUCCUCUGAGUGAUCCUCUGACUGCUGGAUUUAGACUCUGGUCCUUCGGUUCUUCAGUGGUUCUGUGUGAUCUGUAGGAAGGACGUCUCUGUCUCUGACAGCAGGAAGGAGGAGGAGCCAAUCAGAAGGUGGAAGAUGUUUAUUAAAAAGUCACUCCAGUAAAGAUGUGAUUUCUGCUUUGUGCCAUCUUGUGUUUUCUGUUGUUUCAUCGUUGCCAUGUUUCUUGAAGUGUUCAAUCAUAAAGUAAUAAAGUACAAUCAUUGACAAGUCUA